AGUCUCUCAAAAGCUUCGACUCAAUCAUGAACGAGAAAUAGUUUAUAGAGAACUUCAAUUACGUUACAACAUUGUGUUAAUAAAUAGUUUCUUUCAUUGAAUUUCGUGAUAAAGUUCGUGAUAAAGAAUAUUUCAAAAUUUGAAGUAUUUUUGGAUUCUCUCUGUUUCUAUUAUCUUAUGGCUUUGUACUUAUUGAUCUAAUCUAUCGUCUAGACUAAAAUUAAUUCAAAUCAUAAAUUUGUUUAAAAAUUAGUGAACACGUGAAGAUGGUUCUUAUUGUAUUUUGAAAUAUUGAGAAUAAAUAAAAGUUAUAAUGUUGUGAAAUAACAAUACCCAGCUACGCAAUAUAUUGUUUAUUGUCACAAAAAUGAGUGGAUAACAAAAAAGAUAUAUAUAAUUAAUGAGCAAAGUCUACAUCCUAUGCAUCAACCAACGCUGCCGCUUUGGCUGACACUUCACCCAACACACAUACCACACUAUUGCUAUCUACUGAAAGUUCACUAAAAUUUUUCACCAUUCCGAAGUUUUGACUCAAAUUUCUACCAUAAAUCCAAACAAGCCUGAAGUUUAGCUUCCAACAUAAAUUUGGGUGACAAAACAAUCGCCCCUCUCCAGCAAAAUCGUGUUAUUCUCGUCUUAUCGCUAUGAAAAAAUGUGCAAUAAGAAUCGUAAUCUGAAUUGUUGACAUUUGCAUGGUGUUUACCGAGAAACAGUGAGAUCUUUUGUCUUGUUGGUAUUGUGAAAAGUGUGGCAAAUAAUGCGGAAAUUUCGUCUUAAACUUCCGUCGUUAAAGUAACCUCAAUUCACCUCCCAUCCACCAAAAAUCUUCCAGAGAUUUUUGGGGUAUCUAGGUCGUUUUUCUGUCCCUCGGUUUUUCUCCUAAACUAUCAGAUAACUAUAGUUAGUGAAUCAGUUUACGUAAUGACUUCGUGGUGGAGUGUGCCUAGGUGGCACUUUUAUGCGAAUUUAGUGAUUUUCACAACGACUCUGAGUCUCACCGCGAAACUCGUCCUUGGCGACAUUGAGCCACACGAUGGAGAAGUGACUGACUCAGCAAAUGUGAAUUUUCCCAGUCCAGAUGGCACAGCACCAGAAGGUGGAGCCAGCAGCUCAACCAUUCCCGCCGAUUUGGGCUUCUGGCACGCGUUCCUGGCCUCAAUAUCUGUGAUACUUGUGUCUGAGCUUGGUGAUAAGACCUUCUUCAUUGCUGCCAUUAUGGCAAUGAGACACCCUCGCCUCACAGUAUUCGCGGGCGCAAUUUCGGCGCUCGCCCUGAUGACCGUUCUCUCGGCCGUCUUUGGGAUGGCUGCUACAAUCAUCCCUCGUGUCUAUACUUACUACAUCUCCACCGCGCUCUUUGCAAUCUUCGGUCUGAAGAUGCUAAAGGACGGGUACUACAUGUCCGCCUCGGAUGCUCAGGAAGAGCUCGAGGAGGUGCAGUCGGACCUCCGGAAGCGUGAGGAUGAGCUCAUUCGCUCCAUGAACACGGAGCAGAGACAGUCGCCGGCUGUGUCACUCCAUUCAAUUCACGAUGCUCCCGAUGAUCUCGAAUUGCGCCCCAUGGAUCAGGCGAGCCUCUCGGGCUCACGACAGUCGUCGCUCAAUACCAAUGGUGGCCCCUCGAUCUCGAUCCACAACCAGGAGAAUGGCGUGGAAUUGCGCCAAUUGAACAAUCACUCCUCCUCAGAGCACAACUCAAUCUCUGGCACUGCACCAAUACCCAAGAGCGCAGCCACAAGUCCACGGUUUGAUAAGGAAACUAGCACGAUGCUGAUCUCACAAGAUCCGGAAUCAGGGACUGUGAGGAAAACGAAGGCUAGAAGUAUAGCUUAUGUUGUUUCGAGAAUCUUCAUGCAGGCCUUCACAAUGACUUUCCUCGCAGAAUGGGGCGAUAGAUCCCAGCUCACAACAAUAAUUCUAGGUGCACGAGAGGAUGUUUACGGAGUCGUGGUGGGUGGCAUUUUGGGCCACAGUAUCUGUACAGGAUUGGCUGUAAUUGGAGGCCGCAUGAUUGCCCAAAGAAUAUCCGUGAGGACAGUGACCCUUGUUGGCGGAGUUGUCUUCCUUCUCUUUGCCUUCAGCGCCCUGUUCUUCAAUCCCAACUCAGAGGAAAACUAAGUAAAAUUAGUAUAAAUAUUGCCUGUGUCCUUCAAAACUGUUGUCAGACUGUAAAUUAUAUGAAAAAAAAUAUAAGAAAUUUAUUUUAGAAAAA